ACAACCCGGAGCUGGAUGCGGACACGAGCCUGGCUGACCUGGAGUAGAUGCACAAAAAGAUGUCAUAUGAUCAGGUGCAUUGGUUGUGUUUGCUGUUUUUUGCCUUGGUUUUCCGUCCUGGGACAGCGGCAGAGGUUUCCGUAUGGAGCAUGGACAUCAACUCGACGCAGGAUGCCGUUUUUCGGAAGACCCUGUAUGCCAACACCACCAUCUUCAUGAAGUUCCAGGGUGACUCAAGGCGGUGUAACAAAAGCUUCGCCUUCAACAUCAGCUGGUACCUGCGCUCCUCUGUUUGCUAUAAUGAGGUCUUUAACACACCAGACAACAAAGCAAGGAACAUGUUUGGCAUGGAGCACAUGCUGAAAGAUGGCUGGAGUGGCUUCUACAGUCAGGGCUACAUGUACUUUGACAACUGUUCCUCUCUCUUGUUACCAAAGGUCUAUUACCCAGACUUCAACCCUUAUCAGCCACUGACUAGCCCAAAGAGUGACCCAUCCAAUCAGAGCUUCUUUUGGUCUGAAAAACCGGAUAUCAGUGCAGUGGCCAAAGCUUGGGAAGACAGUCCUUAUCUGUUCAUAGUGAAGGUGCAGCCUUUGUUUCGUGGCGCUGAUGAUGAAGCUGAGGGAGGAGAGCAGUCCAGCUUUACUUUUUCAAUGAAAGUGGAGAUGAAAGGUCCACAUGAGUACUCCUCUCCAGCAGACUGGCCUCUCAUGAUGUUCUUCAUGGUCAUGUGCAUUGUUUACGUCCUGUUUGGGGCUCUCUGGCUCUUCUGGUGCGCCUGUUAUUGGAGGGAUCUGCUGCGGAUCCAGUUCUGGAUUGGUGCCGUCAUUAUCCUCGGCAUGCUGGAGAAAGCGGUUUUCUACUCUGAAUACCAAAGCAUCCAUUACAAAGGAGACUACGUGCUAGGGGCUGUGAUUUUUGCAGAGUUGCUCUCUGCACUCAAAAGAUCUCUGGCUCGAAUCCUGGUCCUCAUUGUAAGCCUUGGCUAUGGCAUAGUCAAGCCCAGGUUGGGCACCACCGUACAUCGGCUAGUAGCUGUUGGAAUUUUUUACCUUCUCUUCUCCUCAGUAGAAGGUGUGCUGCGAGUAACCGGUGGCUUCUACGGGACUGUUGCCCUUGUGGCUAAUCUCAGCCUUUCCCUCAUUGACUCCUGUGUCAUGUGGUGGAUUUUCAUCAGCUUGUCUCAAACCACUCGUCUCCUCAAGCUCCGCAGAAAUAUAGUGAAGCUCUCAUUAUAUCAGCACUUCACUAAAACGCUCAUCUUCUCUGUUGUCGCUUCUAUCAUAUUUAUCAUCUGGACCACCAAGGUCUUCAAGUUGGUCGACUGUCAGAGGGGUUGGAGGGACUUGUGGGUAGAUGAUGCAUUCUGGCGCCUGCUCUUCUCCACUAUUCUUCUGGUCAUCAUGGUGCUGCUGCGGCCUUCAGCCAACAAUCAGAGGUUCUCCCAUUCCCCUCUGAUUGAUGAUGAUGAUGAAGAGGAGGAAGCCAAGGAGCCCAUGCUGAACGAAGCCUUUGAAGGAAUGAAGAUGAGAGGCGCGAAGCCUGACAUUAACGGCUCCCAGAAAAUGUUGAGUAAAGAGGAUGAAGAUCUAAAGUGGGUUGAGGAGAACAUUCCUACUACUGUUGCUGAUGUAGCUCUCCCUGUAAUGCUAGAUGAGGAAGAAGAAAUCUUGAAAACCAAGAUGGAGAGGUCCAAAAUGGAGUAGAAGACGAUCUGAGAGUGAAAAGAGAGGAAUUCAACUGAGGCAGCAAUGAGUGAUCUGAUUACCAAAAAUGUUGGGGGGAUGCAUAUCUGUUCUUUUGUCAGACACUUUUUAAAAAAAACUUUUAUUUCACAGGUUUUGGGUAACACUACAGUAAGCUCUUAUAUUAACGCCAUACUGUGCAACCCGGAGUGACUGGGUCGGCUGCUGAUGGCAUUCUGGGAUAAAAUACAAGAAGCAGUUAUAUAGUAUAGCAUUUAUAUUUAUAACUAUUUUAUUUGUUGAACAAAAUGAAGGAGAAGCUGAUUCUGUUACACAAGGCGCUAGUUAUCGGGAGAUUUGUGAAAAUUUUCUUUUCUUUUUUUGUUUUGUUUUGUUUUUUUUAAAGACUAUUAUAAGUAUUUAA